AUGACCUGGCAUUCCAUUAUCCGAAUUCUGGAUUAUCCGGACAAGAUCGCAAGGUCCCUCCCGGGUAACUGUGUUACCCGAACGUUCGAUGACCCGAACAAUUUACUCCCCGCCCACGUCGUUCGGAUACUCGCGUUUCCUCUGUAUUCAGUUCGAUUCUCCCUGCUGUCCCAGGUGAGGUCACCUCCUUCGGCCCCACAUCUGUUCUCCCCAAGAAUUGCUCAGAGUAGCGACCUGGAGCUUAACCUUUCACUCCAGGACAUUCCCAGUGGGUUAGCAACCCUUCGGCAGGAAGGACAGAAAAGAUUUAUACUGAGGUACUUUGUACCCAAGGUGGCACUGUGCCUUGGCGACGCUGUGGACCUUUCCCUGUUCUUUUGUAACUCAAAUGCACCUGAGAAUAAACCGAAUUCUGACUGGUUUGAACCAUCUCGAGGUUUUCCUGCCUGUGAUAUUGCCACGUUGGACAAUGAUGAGAUGCCAGGUGACCGUAAGAGAGCCGUGGGCUCAGGCUGUGGGAAGAAAGGAUGCUUGGACUGGGAAGUGGCUGAAGGCUCAGGGUUAAACCCAGAGGUGGAGAGCAUUAACUGGGCACCCACCGGAGAACAAUAAAGAAGACACUGACUGAAAGUGUGGUUGUUCGGGUUAGAAGCUGCAUGCUUGCGACGUGUAACCCUUUGCGAUGCGUUAACCCGUGUGAAAUCUGGCUUCGGCUCUAUCCUUCACCAACCUGCCUUCAGGAAUGGACUAUCAGAGAUUCCCUACAGUGUGGAAACAGGCCCUUCGGCCCAACAAGUCCACACCGACCCUCCGAAC